AUGCCAGUAAAAUGUUGUUUCUACAGAUCAUCCCCUAGGGAAAGAAUGACAUGGAUGGAAUCUAUGGAUACACUUUUGGCUAACAAAGAUGGUCUGGAUGCAUUCAGAGCUUUCCUGAAAUCAGAAUUCAGUGAAGAAAAUAUUCUAUUUUGGCUGGCUUGUGAGGACUUCAAGAAAACAAAGUCAGCAGCUAAAAUUGCUUCAAAAGCCCAAAGGAUUUAUUCUGAGUUUAUCCAAGCAGAUGCCCCAAAGGAGAUAAACAUUGACUUCAAUACCAGAGACCACAUCAUGCAGACUGUUUCAAAACCAACUCUCAAGUGUUUUGAUGAUGCUCAAAAACUAAUCUACAGCCUCAUGGCAAAAGACUCUUUCCCACGGUUUCUGAAGUCAGAAGCUUAUAAAGAACUGGUAAAUAAGGAAAUGAAAAGAAAUCAGAAAAGGUGGCUGCCAUUUUUCUAA